AUGGUACCCGAACGUUGCGGCGGCGGCGGCGGUGGUGGAGGUGGCGGCGAUGGUGAUGUAUUGGUGUCGGCGGUGGUGACGGGUGGUGGUGGCGAUCGGCAUGGGUGGCAGCUGUGUCGAUGUAUAAAUGCAUCGUAUUUAAAGCCUAAUUGUCCAGCAGUUGACAAAUGCGGAAACGUUACCAUAGAUUACCCUUUUUCAAUUGUAGAUGACUGCUAUGCUGACGAGUCUUACUACAUCCAAUGCGACCCUGUAACACAAAUUCCCCGCUUGAACAUAUCUAGCUUGAUCGUGGUACCAGGUAUACUGAAAAAUGGGAGCAAUGAUCAUCUAGAAGUUCUAGACAUAACAUUAGAUGGUCAUCUAACAGUAGCUCUACCGGCUGGGUAUGUCUGUUAUGACGAGCAUGGAACAGAAACUUCCUACUCGGUAACAUCAGUUAAUACAUUUAGGUUCCCCAUCUCAAACACGCAAAACAAUUUUGUCGUAGUAGGUUGUGACAUUGAAGCAUAUAUAUACCUGGAAGAAUCCAUUACACAUACAAGUUGUCGGACAAAUUGUGAUCAAGGUAUAAAAAAUGGGUCAUGCCAAGGGUCAGGGUGUUGUAUGGCAUCUAUUCCUCAAGUCACAACGGCUGCAUUUGGAGCUAGUGAUUACAGAAACCACUCAAAGGUAUCCGAUUAUAGUAAAUGUGGUCAUGCUUUCAUAGUAGAACAUACCAAGUAUAACUUUAGCGUUGGUGAUCUUAACACUAUGAGAAAUGACAUAUCUUUCCCGGUGGUUCUUGAAUGGUUUGCUGGUGAUACAUAUUGUGAAGAGGCAAUAAAGGACAACACAACUUACAUGUGCAGAGGGAAAAGUGGAUGCCAGGAUAGAGACAGGGAAAGUGGUUUUCCUGGGUAUCGUUGCAUAUGCUCUGAUGGAUAUAGUGGAAACCCGUAUCUUUACGAUGGAUGUCAAGAUAUAAAUGAGUGUGAAUCUUCAGAACUCAAUAAGUGCCCAUCAGGAUAUAAAUGUAAGAACACAGAUGGGAGUUAUGAUUGUCUUUGCCCAAAGGGACUUCAAGGUGAUGCAAAAAGUGGUGAAGUGUGUACAAAGCCUGCAAAUGAACCAGAUAAUGCAUCUGUUACCAAAGGUAAAGCUGUGGCGGGUUUUUUUGGUGUUGCAGGGGCAACUAUUAUCAUGGCUUUGACAUAUUGUGGAAUAAAGAAGAGGAAAAUAAUCAAGGGUAGAGAGGACUUCUUUAAACAAAAUGGUGAAAUCAUGUUAGAAAAAGUGCUAUUUGCAAGAAAGGAUCAUGUCAACAAUAAUGCAAUUAUUUUCACCUAUGAAGAACUCAAGAAGGCUACCGACAACUUCAAUGAGACCAACAUUAUUGGUCAGGGGGGUUAUGGUGUUGUUUACAAAGCAAUCUUAACAAACAAGACAAGCGUAGCCAUCAAGAAGUCUAAAGUAAUUGACGAAAGUCAAAUCAAGCAAUUCAUGAAUGAGGUGAUUAUUCUAUCACAAAUCAAUCAUCCAAACGUUGUAAAACUCCUUGGUUGUUGCUUAGAGACACAAGUUCCCUUGCUUGUGUACGAAUAUAUAACCAAUAACACCUUAUGCCACCACAUAAAGGAAGCAAUGAUGACCUUUGAAACACGGAUAAAGAUAGCUGCAGAAACUGCUGAAGCUCUUUCUUAUAUAAACUCGACCACACAAAUCAUCCAUAGAGAUGUAAAGCCCUCAAACAUACUAUUGAAUGAUGACUUCUCAGCCAAAGUUUCUGAUUUCGGAAUUUCAAGAUUUGUCCCACUUGGUCAAAGCUAUCUAUCAACACAUGUAAAAGGAACUGGAGGUUAUGUAGAUCCUGAAUACUUUUAUACGGGGAAAUUAAACGAGAAGAGUGAUGUUUAUAGUUUUGGAGUUGUUCUUGUAGAGCUACUUACCGGAACAAAAAUUCAUUCUUUAGAGAUUUCGUUAAACGUAUAUAGGGGCGCAGCAGCAUAUCUUUCUUCGCUAUUGGAACGCAAUGCAUUGUUUAAAGUUCUUGAUAAACAAUUAAAGAGCGAGGAGUAUGCUGACGUGGUGAAAGAUGUUGCUAAACUAGCAAUUAAAUGUCUUGAUCUUGAAGGGAGGAACAGGCCAAGAAUGAAAGAAGUGAAAACAGAACUUGAGCAAUUACAACUAAGAUGUGUUUUGUCAUCAACUGGGUAGUUUUGUUGAAGUUUGUAAGAAAAUAUGUAUGUAAAAAGAAAGAUAAAAUCAAUCUAGAUAGAAAGAACUUGGGCACUGAGUAACCAUAUGAUAUCCCCAUGUUUCCAUUUCCCCAAACAUGACUAAUCAUAUCACAAUUUAAACUUUCGAUUAAAA